AUGGAUCUCCAGAAGGCUUUUUCCCAUCUCAGAGGGGGCUCAGGCAAGGAGAUCCCCUAUCCCCUUCCGUUUAUUUUAGUAAUGGAGGGCCUCAAUAGCAUGUUAAAGAAUGCCAAGUCAAAUGGAUGGGUGAGGGGAUUCAGAGUUUCAAAUAACAACUGCAACAUGGAAAUUUCCCACAUUUUAUAUGCAGAUGAUUCUUUGAUAUUAUGUGAUGCAAACAUUGACCAACUAAGGCACAUCAGAUUAAUUCUAACAGUCUUCGAGGCAAUAUCAGGCUUACAUGUCAAUUGGAGGAAGACUAAAGUGGAAAAGAGACUUGACGAAGAAAAUUCAUUUGGCAAGCAAGAAAGUGGGUGGCAUGGGUAUCAAAGAUUUGAGGAAGCAGAACAAAAGUCUACUUUCAAAAUGGCUUUGGAGAGAUAUAACUAUGAGGAAGAAGCAUUACGGAGGCAGGUGAUCAACUACAAGUAUGGCCAGUUAUCCCAUUGGUGCACCAAAAAUGUGAAAGCUACUUUUGGAGUUAGUAAUUGGAGAGCUAUCAGAUCUCUUUGGCCCAAUUUCAUCACCCACUGUGGCUUCAAUAUUGGUGAUGGCAGUAGAAUUUCUUUCUGGCAUGACAAUUGGCUUGGGCACGGUCCUCUCAAAGAUUUAUUUCCUGACUUACACAACUUACUAUCCAGUUCUGAAGCAACAAUUGGGGAGAUGUGGGGUCAGCAGGGGUGGAACUUCAAUCCCAGAAGGUCUCUAAAUGACUGGGAAAUUGACAGAGUAGCUGAGCUAUUGAGGCAUCUGGAGUUAUUUCAGGGCACAACAAAUACAACAAACUCUUUGAUAUGGAAGGGGACUAGCAAGAAGACAUUCACAGUGAAAUCAGCUUACACCGUACUAUCGGGAAACAAUCAGGGAGACAACAAUUGGCCUUGGAAACAAAUUUGGAAAACCAAGGCUCCUUUCAAAGUGGUAUGCUUUUCGUGGUUAGUUGCUAAGCAGGCCUGUCUAACUCAUGAGAACCUAAUGAAAAGAGGAUUUCAACUGAGCUCCAGAUGCUAUCUGUGCUCUACAGAUUCAGAAAGCAAUAGCCAUUUGUUUCUGCACUGUAGAGUUACUUCCCAGUUGUGGCAACUUUUUCUCAGCAUGAUUGGACUUAGGUGGACUAUGCCAAAAACCACAACAGAUUUACUGAGAUGCUGGAAUAAGCAGGAGGGCAGUGUAAGGCAAAAAGACUGGUGGAAUUUGAUCCCAAUGUGCAUAUGGUGGAUAGUUUGGAAGGAAAGGAAUGCCAGUGUGAUAAUGGUGGAUGAAGCCCACGAAAGGUCCCUCUCGACGGACAUCUUAUUGGGACUACUGAAAAAGAUACAAAGGCGUCGUCCUGAGCUACGUAUUGUAAUAUCAUCGGCUACAAUUGAAGCAAAAUCAAUGGCUGCUUUCUUUAAUACCAGCAAAAGACGACGAGAGCAGAAGCAAGGACCAACAAGAGAACCUGCUAUUCUGUCAGUUGAGGGUAGGGGAUUUAAUGUGGAGAUAUUCUAUGUUGAUGAUCCUGUUUCUGAUUACGUUCGGGCCGUUAUUUCUACAGUGUUGUCGAUCCAUGACCAGGAGCGGACGGGAGAUAUCUUGGUGUUUCUCACUGGUCAAGAUGAUAUUGAUGCUGCAAUACAGUUGCUCACCGAAGAAGCCCAAAGUAGUGGGAACCAAGGACUGGUUGCUGUGCCAUUAUACUCGGGACUUUCUCGAGCAGAUCAGGAUCUUGUGUUUUCCCCUACUCCUAGAGGAAAAAGAAAAGUGAUAUUUUCAACGAAUAUUGCUGAGACGUCAUUGACUUUAGAGGGAAUUGUCUAUGUUGUUGAUAGUGGGUUCUCAAAACAACGGUUCUACAACCCGAUUUCAGAUAUUGAGAAUUUGGUAGUGGCACCAAUAUCAAAGGCAUCUGCUCGACAAAGGGCUGGUAGAGCUGGAAGAGUUCGACCAGGGAAGUGUUUUAGGCUCUACACAGAAGAUUAUUUUGCCAGUGAGAUGUCUGUUGUGGGAAUACCCGAGAUACAGAGAUCAAACCUUGUUUCCUGUGUCAUCCAGUUGAAGGCCUUAGGCAUCGAUAAUAUCUUGGGUUUUGAUUGGCCAGCAUCUCCAUCACCUGAAGCGAUGAUAAGAGCGCUUGAAAUACUGUACUCACUUGGAGUAUUAGAUGACGAUGCCAAACUAACUUCACCUACUGGAUUUCAAGUUGCAGAGUUUCCACUGGACCCAUUAAUAUCUAAAAUGAUCUUGGCUUCUUGUGAGUUAGGAUGUACAGAGGAAAUAAUUACCAUUGCUGCUACGCUCUCCAUACAGUCUAUUUGGAUUCCUGUUAGAGGAGUACAGAAGGAGUUGGAUGAAGCAAAGUUGAGAUUUGCAGCUGCCGAGGGAGACCAUGUCACGUUCUUAAAUGUGUAUAAAGGAUUCAUUCAGUCUAAUAAAUCUUCGAAGUGGUGUCACAAGAAUUUUGUAAAUUAUCAUGCCAUGAGAAAAGUAAUUGAAGUUAGAGAACAACUGAAAAGGAUUACACAACGCUUGGGCAUAGGAUUGAAAUCUUGCGAAGGUGAUAUGCAGGCAGUAAGGAAGGCAGUUACGGCAGGGUUUUUUGCCAAUGCUUCCCGUUUAGAACCAUUCAGUCACAAUGGGAUGUACAAGACUGUCAGAACGUCUCAAGAAGUUUAUAUUCAUCCUUCAUCUGUGCUGUUCAGGGUCAACCCGAAGUGGAUCGUAUACCAUUCUCUUGUUUCAACGGAUCGUCAGUACAUGCGAAAUGUCAUUACUAUUGAUCCUUCUUGGCUGACGGAAGCUGCACCACAUUUUUAUCAGAAGCAGAUGCAUAGUUCUAUUCCUCAAUGAUACACAAUUUUCUUGGAUUCUUGGCAGCCUCAUUCUGGUUUGGAAAAUUGUAGCCAUUUGAAAACCUUUUUAAAUACACUAAUAGCUCCUAGUAAAAUGGUUAUACUUUCUCCCAAUGGUGGAGCUACAUAGGUCAAGGGAGGCCAGUUAAACACCUUUCACUUGAGAAUUGUAUUAUGUAUAUACGUCAAAUAUUACUUUGUAUACAUUAUAUUGAAUAUGGAACACUCCUGAACAUUCUUAACGAAAUUGCACGCUUUGCCAUUGCGUUCUCUCA